CUGACGGAGCGGCCCCUGACCGGCUCCCUGGCCUGGGGCCCACCGGCCGUGCGGGGUUGACACCGGGGAGGAAGGGUGUGCCCUUCGUUUGGCCUGGGACUGGGUCGGGCAGUUUCCACUUGUUGGUUGCGAAGGAAUGGGAGACGGAGAGACAGGUGCACCCGCUCCCCCAGACUGUGCGAGUGGGAGGCCGGUGAUUACACGCCUCCCCCGGGACGGAACAGAGAUCAUCAUUCAGGUCAUCAUGAUUUAAGGCCAAAAAAACAAACAAACAAUAACUUGCUUGGAUUGACUGAAUACAAUUCUUAAAAGUAAAUAUGGAAAAUGAACCGGACCAUGAAAAUGUGGAACAGAGCCUCUGUGCCAAGACUACUGAAGAAGAACUGAAUAAAUCUUUCAAUCUAGAAGCUUCACUUUCAAAAUUCUCCUACAUAGAUCUGGACAAGGAACUGGAGUUCAAAAAUGAUCUGAUUGAUGACAAGGAGUUUGAUAUUCCUCAAGUUGAUACUCCUCCAACAUUGGAAAGCAUACUAAAUGAGACUGAUGAUGAAGAUGAGUCCUUUGUUCUUGAGGAUCCUACAUUGUUAAACAUUGAUACUAUUGAUUCUCACUCCUAUGAUACUUCAUCUGUGGCAAGCUCAGAUAGUGGUGACAGGACCAACUUAAAAAGGAAGAAGAGGUUACCUGAUUCUUUUUCACUCCAUGGAUCAGUUAUGCGACAUUCACUUUUGAAGGGAAUUUCUGCUCAGAUAGUGUCUGCAGCUGACAAAGUAGAUGCCGGGUUGCCUACAGCAAUUGCAGUGUCCAGUCUGAUAGCAGUGGGUACAUCUCAUGGAUUGGCUUUAAUAUUUGAUCAGAAUCAAGCCUUGCGACUCUGUCUGGGUAGCACUAGUGUUGGAGGUCAGUAUGGAGCCAUCUCUGCCCUCAGUAUUAACAACGACUGCUCAAGACUUCUCUGUGGCUUUGCUAAAGGACAGAUUACUAUGUGGGAUUUGGCCAGUGGAAAACUUCUAAGAUCAAUAACAGAUGCUCAUCCUCCAGGAACAGCAAUAUUGCAUAUUAAGUUUACAGAUGAUCCAACUCUUGCAAUUUGCAACGACAGCGGAGGCUCUGUUUUUGAAUUGACAUUUAAGAGAGUGAUGGGAGUGAGAACUUGCGAGUCUAGAUGCCUGUUCAGUGGUUCCAAGGGUGAAGUGUGCUGUAUUGAGCCUCUUCAUUCUAAGCCUGACUUGAAAGAUCAUCCCAUCACACAGUUUUCCUUACUGGCCAUGGCAUCCUUAACCAAGAUACUGGUCAUUGGAUUGAAACCAUCCUUGAAAGUGUGGAUGACUUUUCCCUAUGGACGUAUGGAUCCUUCCAGUGUACCAUUGCUGGCCUGGCACUUUGUGGCAGCGCAUAAUUCUGUGAAUCCCAUGCUUGCUUUCUGCAGAGGAGAUGUUGUGCAUUUCCUUUUGGUUAAGAGAGAUGAAUCUGGAGCAAUCCAUGUUACUAAGCAAAAGCAUCUUCACCUCUACUAUGACCUCAUCAACUUUACUUGGAUGAACUCACGCACAGUUGUACUCUUGGAUAGUGCAGAGAAGUUGCAUGUGAUUGAUCGGCAAACUCAAGAGGAAUUGGAAACAGUGGAAAUCUCAGAAGUUCAGUUGGUCUAUAAUAGCAGCCAUUUCAAAUCACUAGCCACCGGAGGAAAUGUUAGCCAGGCACUGGCUUUGGUUGGAGAGAAGGCUUGUUAUCAAUCCAUCAGUAGCUAUGGUGGUCAGAUCUUUUAUUUGGGGACCAAAUCUGUUUAUGUAAUGAUGCUGAGGAGCUGGAGAGAGAGGGUGGAUCAUCUCCUGAAACAAGAUUGUCUUACAGAAGCCUUGGCUCUUGCAUGGUCUUUCCAUGAGGGAAAAGCAAAAGCAGUUGUGGGAUUAUCAGGGGAUGCCAGUAAGCGAAAGGCUGUUGUUGCAGAUCGAAUGGUAGAAAUCCUAUUCCAUUAUACAGAUCGAGCUCUGAAAAAGUGCCCAGACCAGGGAAAAAUCCAAGUGAUGGAACAGCAUUUUCAGGAUAUGGUGCCUGUCAUAGUUGAUUACUGCCUUCUGCUACAGCGAAAAGAUCUUUUAUUUAGCCAGAUGUAUGACAAAUUAAGUGAGAAUUCAGUGGCCAAAGGAGUGUUUUUGGAGUGCCUUGAGCCAUAUAUUUUAAGUGAUAAAUUGGUGGGGAUCACACCCCAGGUAAUGAAAGACUUGCUUGUUCAUUUCCAAGAUAAAAAGUUAAUGGAAAAUGUGGAAGCUCUCAUUGUACAUAUGGAUAUCACCAGCUUAGAUAUUCAGCAGGUAGUUCUCAUGUGUUGGGAAAAUCAUCUAUAUGAUGCCAUGAUCUAUGUUUACAACAGAGGCAUGAAUGAGUUUAUUAGUCCAAUGGAGAAACUUUUCAAAGUCAUUGCUCCUCCUCUGAAUGCAGGAAAGACACUAACAGAUGAACAAGUUGUUAUGGGCAACAAGCUUCUUGUAUAUAUUAGCUGUUGUCUAGCAGGUCGUGCCUAUCCCCUUGGUGACAUCCCUGAAGAUCUUGUUCCUUUGGUUAAAAACCAGGUUUUUGAAUUUCUAAUUCGCCUGCAUUCAGCAGAAGCUUCCCCUGAGGAAGAAAUCUAUCCCUAUGUUCGGACUUUGCUUCAUUUUGACACAAGAGAAUUUCUAAAUGUAUUGGCACUGACUUUUGAAGAUUUUAAAAAUGACAAGCAAGCUGUAGAAUAUCAACAGCGUAUUGUGGAUAUAUUGUUGAAAGUUAUGGUGGAGAACUCAGAUUUUACUCCCUCACAAGUCGGGUGUCUCUUUACAUUCCUUGCCCGGCAGCUUGCAAAACCUGACAAUACCUUGUUUGUAAACAGAACCCUCUUUGAUCAGGUCCUUGAAUUCCUCUGUAGUCCUGAUGAUGACUCCAGGCACUCUGAAAGACAGCAGGUCCUUUUAGAAUUGCUGCAGGCUGGAGGCAUAGUUCAAUUUGAAGAGAGUCGGCUCAUCCGCAUGGCAGAAAAAGCAGAGUUUUAUCAAAUUUGUGAGUUUAUGUAUGAACGAGAACACCAAUAUGACAAAAUUAUUGAUUGCUACUUACGUGACCCACUAAGAGAGGAAGAAGUCUUUAACUACAUUCACAAUAUCUUAUCCAUUCCUGGCCACAGUGCAGAGGAGAAGCAGUCUGUAUGGCAGAAAGCAAUGGAUCACAUUGAGGAACUUGUGUCCCUGAAGCCUUGUAAAGCUGCAGAGCUAGUUGCUACUCACUUUUCUGAACAGAUUGAAACAGUCAUUAAUAAACUUGAGAACCAGGUUUUGCUUUUCAAAUUUUUGAGGAGUCUUCUUGACCCAAGGGAAGGUAUUCAUGUAAAUCAGGAGUUGCUGCAGAUAUCUCCCUGUAUUACAGAACAGUUCAUUGAGCUGUUGUGUCAGUUCAGCCCAACCCAAGUCAUAGAGACAUUACAAGUCCUUGAGGGCUACCGCCUAGAAGAAACUAUCCAGAUUACCCAGAAGUAUCAACUUCAUGAAGUCACUGCCUAUCUAUUAGAAAAGAAAGGAGAUGUUCAUGGUGCCUUUUCAAUAAUGCUUAAGAGACUACAAAGCAAACUUCAAGAAAUAACACAUCAAGGUGAAACUACCAGAGAGGAUCCCUCAUUGAAGGAUGUGGAAGAGACCAUGGUAGAGACAAUUGCCCUUUGCCAGAGAAAUUCACAUAAUUUGAACCAGCAGCAAAGAGAGGCACUCUGGUUUCCCUUAUUGGAGGCAAUGAUGGCCCCUCAGAAGCUGUCCAGUUCAGCCACACCUCACCUACACUCUGAAGCUCUGAAAUCUUUGACCAUGCAAGUUCUAAACAGCAUGGCAGCAUUUAUUGCACUUCCAUCAAUCUUGCAAAGAAUCUUACAGGAUCCAGUUUAUGGAAAAGGAAAACUUGGAGAAAUCCAGGGACUUAUUCUGGGAAUGUUGGACACCUUUAACUAUGAACAGACCCUGCUGGAAACAACUACUAGCCUUCUAAACCAAGAUCUCCACUGGUCACUGUGUAACCUGAGAGCUUCCAUCACCAAAGGACUGAAUCCCAAACAGGAUUACUGCUCUAUAUGUCUGCAGCAGUAUAAGAGACGCCAAGAAAUGGCUGAUGAAAUUAUUGUCUUUAGCUGUGGCCAUUUGUAUCACUCAUUUUGUCUGCAAAACAAAGAGUGCACCAUAGAAAUUGAAGGGCAAACAAGAUGGACAUGCUACAAAUGCAGCUCAAGUUACAAAGCAGGAAAAUUAAGUGAAAAUUCAUCUGAAGUAAAAAAAGGAAGGAUAACUCCAUCACAGGUAAAAAUGUCUCCAUCCUGUCAUCCAUCUAAAGGGGAUCCUGCUGUUAAGAAAGCAACCUCAGAACCUGUUCUGGAUCCACAGCAAAUCCAAGCAUUUGAUCGGCUUUGUCGUCUCUACCGAGGAAGUUCCAGGCUGGCGCUCCUUACAGAACUCUCCCAGAGCCGCGGCAGCGAGAGCUACAGGCCAUUCAGUGGUUCCCAGAGUGGCCCUGCUUCCCACAGCAUCUUCCAGAACGAGAACUUCCAGCUGCAGCUCAUUCCCCCGCCUGUGACUGAGGACUGACGCCUCUCUGGGGCCUAGCCCUGAAGACCAGAGGUGACCCCGAGGCAACUGGGUGACCCCCUUGACUGGCUUGACCCCCCGCUGCCACCCACACUCCUAAGCAGUGGAUCCGAGGUGGAGGCUUUCUCAUGCCCACCAGCCCAGGGAGACUCCCUCCUGUCUCUUCCAUGAUGUUGCUGCAGCAUCAGUUCACCAGACUGGUUGGUUGUGUUUUGCCUGGAAUGUCACAUACCUCCAUCCAGCUUUUUGAGAAAAUGCGCUUGACCUGUUGGGACAUUUUCCUGUCUCCCCAGAAGCCCGGAGAAUAGGUGGAGCUCACGCAGAAGGCACUCGGGAGUCUGUGGUCCUCGUCUCCUCCAGCCGGCGGGGAACCUGGAGGGACUUCGGCUCCUGCUGCUGUUGGGAGGAAGGGACAGUGUGGGCCAGGCUGCAGCAUAGCUGAGACUUGCACUGGAGGGAGCCAAGGACUUGCGGGCCAGGCAUCUCCCUUUUGAUGUGUUUAUGUUAAAACCCAUUUGAGUGUAAGAUUUUCCCUUUCUAACAAUAAAUGCUCUGUGUUUAAGCUCUGCAGGCCUGCUGGCUGGCUGUCUAGCUCUCUAGCUCUCAGCCUGUCAAGCCAUAAAGGACAUUUAGUACCA